GAAAACAUGAAGAAGAUUUCAGUGGGAAGAUGAAGGAGAAGGUGCAGAGAUGGAAGACAGCUCUUGAAGAAGCAGCCAAUAUAGCCGGACAUAAUCUACAGGAUAAAGCAAAUGGGCAACUUUCUAACUUUUUGGUAUGAGUCAAGAUGUAUCCAACAAAUUAUUGAAGAUAUUUUCAGCAAACUGAGCCAUUUAAUUCCAAUUGUUGCUGAUGAUCUGAUUGGGAUAGAGUCCAUUGUGGAGGAAGUGAAAUCAUUGUUACAUAUGGAGUUGAAUGAUGUUCGCUCUGUAGGUCUAUGGGGAUUGGGGGGCAUAGGAAAGACGACUAUUGCCCAAGCUGUUUUUGAUCGGAUUUCCCAACAGUUUGACGGUAGAUGCUUUCUUGCAAAUGUUAGAGAAUUCUCAAAAAAUAAAGGUUUGGAAGCUUUACAAGAACAACUACUUUCAGAUACCUUAUAUCGAAGUAAUAUAAAGAUUACAUCUGUUGGUGGAGGAGUAAGUAUGAUAAAGAACAGGCUAUGUCACAGUCGGGUUCUUGUCGUUGUUGAUGAUGUGGAUCAUCUAGAACAACUACAAGCAUUAGGAAAGGUUGAUUGGUUUGGUUUUGGGAGUAGAAUCAUCAUAACAACAAGAGAUGAACAUCUGCUAACCACUUAUGGAGUGACUAAAAUAUACAAUGUGAAGGCAUUGGAAUGUGGUGAAGCACUCCAGCUCCUUUCUUGGAAAGCAUUUCAUCAAAGAUUUCCUUCUGAAGGGUAUUUGGAGCUCUCAAACCAGGUAGUAGAUUAUGCCCGUGGGCUUCCAUUAGCCCUUAUAAUUUUGGGUUCUUUUCUAUAUGGUCGAACAACUCAUGAAUGGAAAAGCACAUUGAGUAAGCUGCAUAAAAUUCCUAACAAAGAAAUUAUUCAAGUGCUCAAAAUCAGUUUUGACGGACUAGAUGAAAUGCAGAAGGAAAUUUUCCUUGAUAUUGCAUGUUUCUUCAAUGGGGAAGACAAGAGUUAUGUAGAAAGAAUACUCAAGAGUUGCGGCUUCUUCCCAGGGAUUGAAAUGUCUGUUCUUAUAGAAAAGUCUCUCAUACCUGUUUCAAAAAAUACGCUUCGUAUGCAUCAUUUGAUACAAGAAAUGGGUUGGUAUAUUGUUGAUCAAGAAUCUCUUGAGGAAGGUGGAAAACGUAACAGGUUGUGGCGCCCUAAGGAUAUUCGUUCAGUGUUGGCAGAAAAUACAGGGACAGAAAAUGUUAAAGGCAUAGUAUUCAAACAGUUUCCACCGAAAGAUGUCAACUGUAGUAUGGAAGCCUUCACAAAGAUGACCAAACUAAGGCUUCUCAUAUUGCACAAUGUGUUGUUUUCUCUUGGUCCUGCACAUCUUUCAAAUGAGUUGAGGUGGCUUGAUUGGCAUGCAUACCCUUCAAGCUAUCUGCCAGUAAGUUUUCGGGCAGAGAAUCUUGUUGAAUUCAAAAUGCGUUAUAACCGCAUUGUAGGACUUUGGAAGGAAAUAAAGACUCUGCCCAAGUUUGAAGUCAUCAACCUCAGUCACUCCCAUAGGCUAUUCAGGACCCCAGACUUCACAGUCAUUCCAAAGCUGACAACACUGAUUCUUGAGGAUUGUAUUAGUUUGGAGGUGGUUCACCCAUCCCUUGGAGCUCUCAAAAGGCUUGUUUUAUUAAAUUUGAGAGAUUGCACAAAUUUUAAGAAAUUUCCAAGCAGUAUUCACUCGAAAUAUCUUGAGACUUUUAUUCUGUCAGGCUGCUUGAAAUUAAGUAAGUUUCCAAAAAUCUUGCAGGGUAUGGUACAUCUAUCAGAACUUUAUUUUGAUAGAACUGCCAUAAAAGAAGUGCCCUCGUCAUCAAUUGAACAUCUCAGUAACCUUACUUUGUUGGAUUUGAGUGAAUGCAAAAACCUUACUAGUCUUCCAGAAACCAUUUAUAGGUUGAGCUGUCUGAAAACUCUUAAACUCUCUGGGUGUUUGAAAUUUGAAGAGUUUCCAGAAAUUUUUGGGGAUAUGGUAUGUCUAUCAGUACUUUAUUUGGAUAGGACUGCCAUUAAAGAAGUGCAAUCGGCAUCAAUUGAACAUCUCACUAGCCUUACUUUGUUGGAUUUGAGUGAAUGUAAAGACCUUACAAGUCUUCCAGAAACCAUUUGUAGGUUGAGCUGUCUGAGAACUCUUAAACUCUCUGGCUGUGCUCAAAACUUGAGGAAUUGCCAGAAGGCCUGGGAAAUUUAAAAUGUUUAGAGGAGCUUCACGCAAAUAAAACUGCUAUCAAACGACUACCAUCCUCAGUUACUCUUUUGAAAGACCUCAAAGUUUUAUCCCUUAGUGGAUGCAGGGGAAGAAAGUCGACUCAGUCA